GAAAGAAAAGAACUCCCAACCUGUAGUUAUGAGUUAUGAUUAGACUAGAUUUGUAAGAAAAUCCACCCCUGUUAUUUCCUUUCAUAUACACGAUUUAUAUAACAAUGGAACAAGGGCAUCCCACCACUAAAUUUGAAGUCAAUUCUUUCAUACCAUAUAAGUAUAUAUUCAGAUGACUAGUUAUUGAACAAGGGCAUCCCACCACUAAAUUUGAAGUCAAUUCUUUCAUACCAUAUAAAUAUAUAUUCAGAUGACUAGUUAAAGCAUGUAACUUGCAAAAGACGCCAUCAAAAUUCAACUUUGAUUAGUUUGAGCAUAUAUCUAUAUAUAUUAUAUGUACAUAUAUAUAUAUAUAUAUAUAUUUAUAUAUAUAUUUAUAUAUAUAUUUCUCAGGUAGCUUUAUAUAUAUAUAUACAUAUAUAGGAUUAUUUUUAUCGGUGACAUCAAAAGACAAAUCCAAAGAAAACUUUGGCUUUCAUUGUUCCCUUAAGAAUCAAGAACCUGGUCUACAGUUUGUUGAGAAAACAAGUAGGUGUUGGUCUCUGUUUCAGUUGAUAUGGAAAGAUACAGUCCAUUGGCCAGAAGAGCAGCUCUAUUUGCCCUUCUACUCUACGUUAUGCCAAAUAAAGGCUCAUGUGGUAGUAAAGAUCAUUUUGAGUUUGCUGUGUUUCAUUUGUCUCCGUCAACUUGGAAGCAUAUACCUUAGAUUGCUUUCACGAUUCGAAAAACCAAUAAAAUGGAGCUUGCUAUAGAAAGAAAAACCAAUCGAGUUCUAUAUACACAGUCAGAUAAAGAUUUUGUGGACGUGUUGCUUAGCUUCCUCAUAUUACCAAUGGGGACAAUUAUAAAAGUAGCUAAUAAGAGAUCAGGAAUCGGAUCUAUGGACAACUUGUAUAGAAGCGUAGAGGCUCUUGAUGAUGAAGAAUGCUUUAGGGCAAAAGCUAGCAAGACCAUGUUGCUUAAUCCAAGAAGUGCUUAUGGAUUUCUGUACCAUAACUUAGUUGUCAAGAUUGACAAAACAAACUACUUCAAGAUCUAUACUUGCAGAACAACUCCAUGCUUGGACAGACAUCGUGGAUUGUUCAGUUUGGUAAAGAAUUCAAUUUGUUAUUGUGGACAAGCCAUGAAUAAAGAGAUUACCCUCAAGAAGCAUAUCGGCAGGGUUUUUAUCAACAAAACUGACAGGUAUAUUAUAAGUGAUGAUUUGAAGAUAUUACCUGCAUUAAUGGAUAAUUCUCUUCCAUGGCUUAUGGAAAAUAAAAUCGGAGACAGCACUGAAGUUAGAAAGGCUAUAGUCACUGUUGGCCCCAGGGAGAUUUUGCACCUGCUUCUUCGUUUGAUGAUCGCAAGGACACCCCUGACAGAUGUUUUUGUGCUCAAGAAUUGGAAUUAUAUGUGUAACUCAUUAAGAAUAAUGCCUUAUGAAUAUGGAAGAGAGCUGCUUUCCACCUCUGAGGAGAUGAAAGUGAAACUAUGGUUCUGCAAGUCCACAGAAAGCAUCCUAUGUGUUGAAGCAAAAGCAGAUUUUGUCGAUUUUUUGUUCACUUUUCUCACCCUUCCUCUAAGUUCUGUCAUAAAGCUAUUAAAUGGACAUUCAUACAUGGGAAUCAUGGAUCAGUUGUACAAGACUGCAGAGACUUUGAUUGAACAAAAAAUUAUUUCCACAGAAACCAAGGAAAAGCUGCUUAGUCCAAAGCUCGAAUGCAUGUUUGGCUGCUGUUAUCAGUUGCUCCAAAUCCAGGAAAAGACAACACUAGAAUUUCUUAGAUACAAAAAAUGCGAUUGUUCUGAUAAGCACAAGAAAACAUGCCUGCAUUCCGAAGUGACACUCCAAAUAAUGAAUCCCAAACGGCGGGGCAUGAUAACAAGUGGUGGUGGAUUUGUAAAAGAAGGUCGGCUUUUGGUCACAGACAAUCUUGAAAUCAAACCCCUAUCAACUGUCUCCGACAUGUUCAAGCUUGGUAUGAUUCCCUUUGAAGACAUGGAAUGCAUGUAUGUUACAGUGGGAGAAGAAGAGAUUACACAUGGCAUGGCAAAGGUUCUGAGUUUGCUGUGCCUCGUUUGCUUCUGUGAAUUUGGAAGAAAACGGAGAAAGCUUCCUACAGACUAGAAAGCUUCUCAACCUAAACCAGUAGAAUUGGAGCUUGCUGCAGACAAGAAAACUUCCCAACCAAGGGCUAUUAAACCAAAAGAACUAGAGCAUGCUGUAACAACAAUUCUCAACCUGAGACCAAUAGAAUUAGAGCUUGUUGUAGACAAGAAAAAUAACUAAGUCCUAUAUGCAGACUCCAAUAAGGAUUUUGUGGAUGUGUUGCUCGACUUUCUUACAUUGCCAAUGGGAACGAUUAUAAGACUAGCUGAUAAAAAGUCAGGAAUUGGAUGUAUGGAUGAAUUGUAUAAG